AUGGAUGACUUUCCUGACAUCAUCAACUGUCUCAUGCGACUCAUUAUCACGAUUCAGAACCCAGCGCCAUGGGACCGUUUUAUGGGCGCCAAGUUCACAGACACCUCGGCGUAUGAGGAAUACGACACUCAACAUGUGAGCGAAAAAUUUGAGGGAAUCGACAGUCAACUUGCGCAGCGCUUAGGAAAGGCAAUCUCAAGGCGGCGGCAGUCCUUCAAGUACAGAGAGGCUCGUCACGAGAAGCUUUCGCACCAGGUUGAUGGCCAGGCAGACAGCGACUUGACUGAGGUCCUACAGCAUGUUUACAGCGAUCUACGUCCAUAUAACUGCCUAGCUGAAGACUGCAUUACGCCAGACCAAGAUUUCGAAAAGCGGCAUGUGUGGAUGGAACAUAUGCUGCAAAAUCACCUGAGAAUCUGGCACUGCCCUUUUGAUUGCGACUGCACUUUCAAGUCUGCGUCCCAGUCUAUCGAGCAUGUGCAGACGCAGCAUCAGAAUAUGAUACGUGACGACCAAAUCGACAUUUUGGUCAAGCUGAGUUCACGACCCUUGGGCGAAAGCGCGGAGGUGACCUGUGAACUUUGCUCCGAGACGCUCUCAUCGUUGAAGAACUAUCGGCGUCAUGUGGGGAGGCACCAACAGCAGCUGGCUUUGUUCGCUCUUCCCAUGGUGGACGAACCAGAUGCGGAACGAGGCCAAACCAACCAGCAACAAGAUUCUGACUCUGACACCGAGGCCGAGGCCGACUCUAACGACGAGACCAAGGCUGAAUCUAAGGACAAGACGAUCUCCAAGGACAAGACAGCCUCCAGAGACAAUGCGGAUUCACAAGACAAGACUGACUCUAAGGACAAGGGCCGGGGCCCUGGCAAUCAUCCGCCUACGACAUUCACCGUCAAUAUAAGCAGCCCGUUACAGGCGAAGCCGAGGCCGUCUUAG